ACACCUUCUGCACCUUUAAGAAACCUGAAGAGAAACCACAAGGAUUGCCUGCCCAUCACCCCUUCUGCCUCUCCCAAGGACGAGACCAGCAAAAGCGAGAAAUGGGUGUCGAGAGGCGAACUUUUGUUUUCGUUCUUCUGUUCCUCCUCUCUCUGCUGCUCCAAAGUCUCACUUUUGCUAAAAGGUCUUAUGUUGUCUACUUCGGAGGGCAUUCCCAUCGGUCGGAGGAGGCCCCUUUGCUCGCCCAUGAGCGAGUCGUGAACUCCCAUUACGAGUUCCUCGGCUCAUUCUUGGGGAGUAAGGAGAAGGCCCAAGACGCCAUCUUUUACUCCUACACAAAGUACAUCAACGGUUUCGCCGCUGAUCUCGAAGAGGAAGAAGCCACGGAGAUCUCUAAGCAUGCUGGUGUUAUAUCCGUGUUUCCUAACAGAGGACACGCAUUACACACCACCCGUUCGUGGGAUUUCCUCGGCCUCGAGAGGAACGGUAGAGUUCCUCCGAGUUCUAUCUGGGCACGGUCGAGAUUUGGAGAAGCUGUCAUCAUCGGAAAUCUCGACACUGGUGCAUGGCCGGAAUCCGAGAGCUUCAAGGAUGAGGGCAUGGGGCCAAUUCCACCAAAGUGGAAGGGAAUCUGUCAGAAUGACAUUGAUAAGGGAAUUCGCUGCAACAGGAAGCUGAUCGGCUUGCGGUACUUCAACAAGGGCUACCGCUCCGCGGUGGGCGCCGUCGGCCUCGCCGCCGAGACGCCCCGCGACACCGACGGCCACGGGACCCACACGCUCUCCACGGCCGCGGGGCGGUUCGUGCCGGGCGCAAACGUCUUCGGCCUCGGCAACGGCACGGCCAAGGGCGGCGCGCCGAACGCCCGCGUGGCGGCCUACAAGGUGUGCUGGCCGCCGGUCAAUGGCAGCGAGUGCUUCGACGCCGACAUCUUAGCGGCCUUCGACGCGGCGAUCCACGACGGCGUGCAUGUGCUCUCGGUGUCGCUCGGCGGUGGGCCGACGGAUUAUUUCAAGGAUGGGGUGGCCAUCGGCUCCUUCCAUGCCGUCAAGCAUGGCAUCACCGUCGUGUGCUCCGCCGGAAACUCGGGCCCCAAAUCGGGCACGGUGUCGAACACCGCGCCGUGGAUCGUCACGGUUGGAGCAAGCACUAUGGACAGGGAGUUCCCCGCCUAUCUUUCUCUUCGCAGCAAGAAGCAAAUUAAGGGUCAAAGUCUCUCUCCAAUGGCCCUUCCGGACAAGAUGUUCUACCCCAUUAUUAGCUCGCGAGAAGCUACGGCUAGAAAUGCAUCACAGGAGAGCGCCAAAUUGUGCCUCAAGAGAUCUUUAGAUCCAGAGAAGGUUCGAGGGAAGAUAGUUGUAUGCCUACGUGGGGAAAAUGCAAGAGUUGAAAAGGGAGACGUUGUUCACCAAGCCGGCGGCAUCGGAAUGGUACUAGCAAAUGAUGAAUCCACUGGAAAUGAGAUCAUUGCAGAUGCCCAUGUUCUUCCUGCGACCCAUAUAUCAUAUGAUGAUGGCCUUGCUAUAUUAUCGUAUCUCAAUUCCUCCAAGUCACUCUUUGGAUAUAUUACAAGCCCCAAAACAACCAUUGGCACAAAACCAGCACCAGUCAUGGCUGCUUUCUCUUCUCAGGGACCUAAUACCGUCAACCCUGAGAUCCUCAAGCCUGAUAUCACUGCACCAGGGGUUAGCAUUAUCGCUGCUUUCUCUGAAGCAACUGGUCCAACAGGUCUAACCUUUGAUGAUCGUCGGGUUUUAUUCAACUCAGAGUCAGGGACCUCCAUGUCUUGUCCUCACAUUGCGGGCAUUGCUGGACUUCUCAAAGCUCUCCACCCUGAUUGGAGUCAUUCAGCAAUUAAGUCCGCAAUCAUGACAACUGCUAGAACUCGAGACAACAUGAAAGAGCCUAUGUUCAAUUCAUCCUUUGUGAAGACCUCUCCAUUCAGCUAUGGCUCCGGCCAUGUCCAACCAAACCGUGCCAUGGACCCUGGCCUUGUUUACGAUCUAACUACAAAUGAUUACUUGAACUUCUUAUGUGCGCUUGGCUACAACUCCACUCAAAUAGCAACAUUCAGCACUGAACCUUUUGUCUGCCCAUCUAAACCUCUAAAGAUCGAAGACCUAAACUAUCCUUCAAUCACGAUCCCUAAUCUGUCUGGUGCUUCGACUAUAACCCGAACGAUAAAGAAUGUCGGACUACCAAGCACAUAUAAGGUUCGUGUGGAAGAACCGGCAGGGGUCUCAGUGACGGUGAAGCCCAGAAAACUCAAGUUCAAGAAACUAGGUGAAGAGAAGAAGUUCACAGUUGCUCUCAAAGAUAAAAGAAGUAAUUUGGCUAGAGAGUACACUUUUGGUGGUUUAACAUGGUCAGAUGGUAAGCACUAUGUCAGAAGCCCCAUUGUGGUGAAGGUAGCGGGUUAAAAGAAUGUUGUAACCCAUCGUAAUUUUCAUAAACAGGAAAUGUUUGGUAUAUUUGUAGACCAAUGUUGGAGAAGAAAAAGCUGUAUUGAUGAACAUCAUAUAUUACAAUAAAUGCAAAAAAAAAAAUGCAUAGCAAAGAAUCA